AUGGGAAUUUUCAAACCAAAGGCGUGGCUGUCCGAGGUUAUUGACUUGGAUAAAACAGAACCACGGUUUUACAAGGAAGCUAUCCUUCAUCCAAGCUGGAAACAAGCGAUGCUUAAGGAAUAUGAAGCACUCAUCAGAAAUAAUACAUGGUCUCUCACAGCUCUGCCCCAGGAUCGCAAAGUUAUUGGCAGAAAAUGGGUGCUUCACUCUUUAGACCAUCUACAUUUUUCUCAGUCCAAGUCCAUUCAUAGUUUUCUUAAAUGUGCUCACCUCAUUGACUGCAAGCCAAUUCACUCUCCGAUGGCUAUUGGCGCUUCUUUAUCCCUCACCGAUGUACAAUCGCUAGACAACCCCUCUGGAUACAGAAUCCUAGUUGGUGCUCUUCAAUACUGUACACUGACCAGACCAGACAUCAGCUUCAGUGUCAAUAAGCUCUGUCAAUUCAUCCACGCCCCGACCAUUUCACAUCUUCAAGCAGCAAAACGGCUCCUUUGGUACCUCAAAGGCACGACUCAUCAUGGUAUACUUCUAACAAAGUCCCCUGUUUUAGCUUUGACUUGCUACACAGAUGCCGAUUGGGCCAGCUGCCUGGAUGACAGGCAAAGCACGAGUGGAUUCUGUGUCUUCCUUGGUUUAAGCCUCAUUUCAUGGAGCUCCUCUAAGCAAAAGGUCGUCUCUUGA